AGGUCUUCCCUGGCAGCCCCAAGUGGCACGUCCAGCGUAGGCCUGGGGCCCUAACCUUGGAUCCCUGCCCCCUGCUGGACUUGUGCCCGUCCCCACUGCACGGCGCCAUGGCUCCCACCUUCCUGCUGCUGCUGCUGCUGUGGCUCCAGGGCCCUGUCGCAGGUGCCCCUGUCGAGAGCGUGUACUCCAAAGUGCGGCACUUUGAAGGGGAGACUCUCUCUGUGCAGUGCUCCUACAAGAGCCGCAAAAACCACAUAGAGGGUAAAGUUUGGUGCAAAAUCAGGAGGAAGAAGUGCGAGACUGUGUUCACCCGUGUUGGGGUGCAGGGGCCGCGCUAUUUGCUGCAGGACGAUACCCAGGCCAAGGUGGUCAGUAUCACCAUGGCGGCCCUGAGGCGCCAGGACUCGGGCCGGUACUGGUGCAUGCGCAACAGCUCUGGCAUCCUCUACCCUCUGAUGGGCUUCCUGCUGGAAGUGUCUCCAGCCUCCACGACCAAGAGAAACACUCCUUUUACGAAGCUGCCCACCAUCCUCCAGAGUGGAACUGUCGUCACAGCUGGCCCAGCCCUCACCUCAGGCCCUGAUGCCCCUUUCACCACAAGCACGACGGUGUUCACACCUGGACUCCUCACCUUGCCUAGACUCUUGCCCUUCCCUGCCUCAGGGAGCAUCAGACUGACCUCUGUGACGGGCUACGGCUUCACUGGCGCCAGCCCCUCCACCACGGGGCCCAGGAGGACCAUGGGGUCCCAGACAGUGACUGCGUCUCCCAGCAAUGCCGCAGCCUCCGCUGCUGGCCCAGCCUCCACCCCCACUAAGGCUGCGCCCCUGUGCACCACGGGAUCGCCCACCACGGGAAUGUGCCCCACUGGCAGGUCUCUCCUCAACCAAUUAUCCCCCAGCAGGCACCAGGACUUCUAUCCUGCUGUGCUCGUGGGGGUGCUGGCCUUGCUCCCAGUGCCUGUGAUGCUGAUCGUGGUCUAUGGCUUCUGGAAGAAGAGGCACAUGGGAAGCUACAGCAUGUGCCGUGAUCCUGCCAGAUCCUGGAGGGACCCAUCCGCAAGACCGGAGCCUCCGUGGAAGCCUGCUUGGUCUGAAGCCACUUAA